AGACUCGGAGGAAUCUCUAUCCCAGCCUCCAGCACAAGGAGCUCUAAUCAGCCCUGCCCCGCACCAUCAUUCCCCAGCAGCAGUGAGAGCACAAGCAGCACAGACACGCACAGCUCGAGACCCCGCACUGUGUGACAGGACACGGCUCUAGUGGGAGGCCGAGUGAGUGACAGGCGUGUGGGCGGGGCCAGGAGAGUAGCGGCUGAGGAGGAGGAGGCGGGACUCAGUGCUGCGGGGAGGCUGUGACAGUCAGACAUUGCAGCGGAGCCCAGAACCAGAGAGAGAGGGAAGGAGGGAGGCGGAUCAUCAGCAGGAGAAUACGGUGCAGCUUUCCCAGCUUUCAGUGCUUGUGCCGCCCUGGUGGAGAGGCUGUGCGAGGAGCUGCUGGAUACCUGAUACGUGUGUGAUGCGCAGCAAAGGGUUUCUCAAGUUUCAUUCCUGGAUAUGAAAUAAAAAUGGAAUUGCUUCUUGCUUCAAACAACUGAUCCUUAAUCAGAACUAUGAAUUUCAUCAUGUUUCAUCAGUAAUUCAACUGGACUUGCACACUUUUGGAUAUGAUCCUUGGACCAGCAUAUGUUUGGAACACCCCACUGACUUAGAUCAUACAUUUCUGCAUAUUGAAAAGUGGCCGAACUUUCUCUGGUCCUUAAAUCCUGAAACUAGGUAGCCACAUAGCUUCUUCGCAUACGUUUGUUGAACAUGACUUAUGGAGAAGAGCUUAGCUCUGAGAUGCAACAAGAUUCCGUUGUUUUAACCUAUCUGGAAGGAUUACUAAUGCAUCAAACAGCUGGCGGCCCGGGAACUGCAGUUGACAAGCUCUCUGUUAGCUGUGCAAAAUCCGAUGAGAAUUUUAAGAAUUCUGGAAAUAUAUUUUCCAAUUGUGAGAGUAAUGCCCCACUUCGCAACAACAGUAGCCCUUGUCAAGGAUCCGGAAUGUUGCAUCUCAAAAAGGCAAGGCUGUUGCAGUCUUCAGAGGACUGGAAUGCUGCAAAGAGACGACGACUGUCGGAUUCUGUUCCCGGCACAAAUGGCAAAAAUGAAACAUUCUUGGCUGGAAUGGUUGCAAAUGCACCCAAAGGCAAGCAGGAUAGUACAUUAUUGGCAUCUCUCCUUCAGUCUUUCAGCUCUAGACUUCAGGGUGUGGCUCUGUCAAAACAACUUAAAGAGAGUCUCAAGGAGCAAGGCUUUUCUUUUAGCCAGGAGACUGUGCAUGAGGAGAAAAAUAACCAGUGUAUGGGCAUUGCAUCCAGUCACCUUAAGACUUUGUUAAACAAAAGCAGAUCAAAAGAGAAAAUAACAAAUGGUAAUAAGACUGCUAAAGCUUCUAUUCAAGAAAAAUAUACAGAGUCUUCACCUUCUGGUCAAAGCAGCACUAAAGGAGUAGCUGCUGAGCCAAUUUCAUGUGCUGCCAGACUUCAGGCUGUUGCAAGUAUGGUAGAGAAGAGGUCAAGCCCCACUGUCUCACCUAAACCAAGUGUUGCAUGUAGCCAGUUGGCAUUGCUGCUUUCUAGCGAAGCUCACUUGCAACAAUACUCCAGAGAGCAUGCUGUAAAAGCGCAAACUGCUAGUCAGUUAGCAAGCGAAAGGCUAGCCGCAAUGGCACGGUUAAAAGAGACCUCAGAGAAAGACCUUGGUCAUUUUCCUUUGUCAACAAGUUUGCCCACAACCCUCAACAGCCCCUCAAGAACAACUAUUUCCAAUGGUAUAGGUAAUAUCGGUAACAUUUCUCCUUUUUCAAGUCCAUUAAGUGUCCCUCAUUCUCCUCAUAAGUCAGUAGGGUAUAAGAAUCAUUCAGAAAAGAAUCAUCUGAAGCCUUCUCCGAAUAACAGCUUGCUGCUACAUCUACUUAAAAGCCAAAAUGCUGCAAAUAUGAACAAAUGCAACCUUCACAGUGACAAGAUUCCUGCAUUUGAUGAAAGUGCAACACCAACAACUACUGAUGACUUUUCUGACAACAAUCCCAGCUUUACGGAAGAUGAAACCAGCGAUGAUGAAAGUAGUCACUCUAACUGUGCUCCUAUUGACUUGUCAUUUAAAAACAGAGUCGAUAAGCCAGAGGUGUUAAAUACGGCCUCCAUAGACAACUUAACAGAGUCCUUGCUUAAAAACUGGGAUCCAAAAGUUGAAGGACUUAACAUCAACAAAGAUAAUAACCGAGCGCCUUCUUUGGAUUCCACGUUAAAACCACAUCAGAAGGUAACCCUUUUACAAUUACUUCUUGGGCAUAAGGCUGAUGAAAAUCCAGAAAAGAUGGAAGAUCCUCAGGGUCCACAGAGGCGUGCUGAUCUGACAAAGUUCAGCUUGCCAAUACAAAGACAUGUAUCUGAAAACACUCAUAAUUCUGCUUCUUUAAAUGCAUUACCUUUAAACAAUUGUUCGAAAUCAGAUUCCCCCGUUAACCUGACCCAGCCUUUAGCACCAAAAAAUACUUUCACAUCUUACAUAAGUAGCAUUCAGUCUGAAAGACACGUGAAUGUUGCCUCAAAACACUUGAUAGAGCUUACAAGGAAAAAAACAUUUCAUAAUCCCAUCCCAUUAAUAAAGGAGAGUGCACCAAAUAAUGGUGCUUUUAGUGCGAGUAAACUUCUGCAAAAUCUAGCUCAAUGCGGGAAGCAAACCACUGCACCUGAUGAGCAAAUAGCGCAAAAACCAGUAAGUGCACCCAACGGCAAAACUCUAGGGCUGAUAGACAGACUGAGUAGCCCCCUGAUUACCAAUCAAACUCAAACCUUCGAGGAGGACAAACCUUUUAGUAGCCCACCUAAUCCAGCAGACUCCAGAUUUCCUGGCUCAGAGAUUGAAAACCUUUUAGAAAGACGUACUGUUCUACAGCUUCUUCUCGGAACACCAAAUAAGGGGAAACUUGAAAAGAAUCCAAAAAUCACAAUCAAAGAUGAAACUCAACAUCACAGGGUAGAAAAAAAUGCAAGUGAGCAAAUAGUAUCUUUUAAAAUUAAAACUGAGCCUGAGGACUCGUACAGCACACAGCAUUUAAGAGACACUGGAAUUCCAAGUCCAUUGGCCAUGUCUUUUCACAGUUUAUCCAGAUCGCCUUCAGAGGGCAUGACAUCUCCAAAUCUCACUCCACAGGACUUUUCAGUUUCUAGAAAUGGGCUACUAAGCCGCCUGCUUACACAAAACCACGAUGGAUACGAAAUGAGUGACCCGGAUCUAACCAACAGAAACUGUGAACUGCGACAAACAGAAACGAAAAUCCCCUACACUGUUCCAAAAAAGAGAAAAAUGCACCAAAACGAGCAUUUAGAAAGUCAAGUCAAAUUUGCAAAACUCAGCCCUUCUCAAAGUGGGCAAUAUUGUUCUUCACAGUCAUUAAGUGGGCCAAUGUUUCUUCAGGAUGAAAUGCAUAGUAACAGAAGUGAUGUGGACCCUAGGUGCAAUGUAAGCCAGAACUCCUUUAAUGAAGGUAAACAUUUGGGUUGGUCAAGAGAAAGUAAAGGUUUUAAUGUGCUAAAACAACUGUUGCUUUCAGAAAAUUGUGUCAGAGAUUUGUCUCAGCAUAGGAAUAAUGUAUCCGUGGAUGAUAUGGUAAAGGGGAACAGAAGCCACCUAGCUGGCAGUUCUGACUUUGUAACACCCUCAUUAAAUAUGCACAUGGGCAAAAUGUCCAACCACACAAACAGUUUAGGUCAAAUGACGUUUCAGUGUCCAUCUUCUUUAAAGAAUUCCCCACGCCCACCUUCAGACAGCUUGAUACAUAAAUCAUCUCGGACUGAAUUUGGACAAGUCAAUAUGUGCCCUUUUCCUACUGACAAAGGCCCAGUUAAAUGGGUUAUCACAGGUAUGGAAAAGAAUGAUGUUGCACAGGAUUCCCCAAGGUUGACCAAAACCAACCCAAUAUUGUACUACAUGCUGCAGAAAGGAGCACAUUCUGCCGGCAGCCAGGAGCUACGCGAUCGAGGCAGUUGGACUGAAUCCUUACUAGGGAAUGCAACAGAAGUGACAUUUAAACGAGAAAUGGUCAGUUGUAGAGGAACCACCCCAAACGGCAGUGGUGUGACAAAAACAACCACUCCUGUUGUAAAUAAGACAUUGCGUAAUUCCAAUGGUAACAAGUAUGGACUUUUCGAUAUACUGACAAUUAAGAAAGAGCCUGAAUAAUACAGCAGAUUGCACCAGGUUGUUAGUAAAACUAAUGUAAAAGAAUGCAUCAUUUCUAGAGUAUCAGGCAUGAAGACAAGAGAUACAAAGCAUGAUCUUCUUGACAUGUUUUUCAUCUCAUAUAUUUUGGUUGGUUAAAUUGCUUGUGGCUAUAGUUUAUUUGAAAACUGUACAGAUUUUGCUAUUAUGGUUUCUACUUUUUUUUUUCAUUCUGUGAUGAUUUUUUCCCUUAAGGGAAUUUUAUUCCCUUUACUUGGUAAAAAAAAAAAAAUGAUGUUAUAAAUUAUAAAAGACAAAUGUGCUGUUGAUGGCUGGUUUCCAAUAUUUGCCUUACGUGCUGGUCUCUUAAUAGUUACAAGAUAACUUAUCCUAUUGGAGACAAUGAAUUACCAUGGAGAUUUGAAACCCACUGUAUCCCAGCUGUACAGAUACAAAAAUCUGAGUAUCCAUUACUUGCCUUUGGCUAAUCUGCGGGGCUGGGAUUCGUAGUUCCUAAAAAAACGCUGUGCAUUUGAUAGCCCUGCUUUAGAAGACAAUUUAUAGCCCAAAAAGGUUACACUAGGUAAGCCAGGAAAUUUGUUCAGCUUAAUGUGCAAAAGAUUGUGGUUGUUCCUUUACUGCUAAAGCUGUAUCAGCACAGUACAGAGCUUUGUAAAAUGUGUAUUUUUCCAUGGAAUAACAUUUAUUUCUACAUAAUUCAUUUCACGUUUUAUUCAACUUUUCUUUUUUGCUUUGGUGAUUAUUUUAUGGGAAGUGUAGUUCCCAUGAUGUUUACAAUAAACCGGACAGCGAUGGCAUUA